AUGGAUCCAUCAGCCACUGGUCUUGCUGGUGUUGGCUGUGUCAUUAGGAACUCUAAUGGUGAUUUACUUGGUGGUGAAUCAAGAAUCAACGUGCGAUCUGCCCCUAUUGAGGCUGAAGCGGAGGCUGUUCUUAGUGGUCUUCAUCUUGCUAAGGAGCAGGGUCAUCACGAUGUGGUUCUUGAAUGUGACUCUCAAGUAGUUGUCCAGUCUCUUAGAGACAGAAAAAGGGCAAUCCCUUGGAAGAUCUACCCCUUUAUUCAAGCUAUUCGUAGGUUGGUGUCUUGGUUCUCAUCCAUUCAUUGGACAUGGAUUCCCCGCACCGCCAACAAAGCUGCCCAUGUGGCAGCAACUAUCGCCAAUUUGAGGGUGAGGCAUCUUAGAUGGGCUUCUCAGCCCCCUCCCUCCCUGGUGCUUGUUCUCUCCCGGGAUGGCCUGCCUGGGCCACCAUAUUAG